AUGGCAAUUUUUCAAAACCUGGUGUCCAAUUUCAAGAAUGCUUUUAUUACAGCGAAAGUUGCGGAAAAUGAUUUCGUAAUAUUCGUGGUAGGACCAACAGGAUCAGGCAAGAGCUGGUUCACCAAGGAAUUGUGUAAGAAUGAUGAAAUCCAAGUUGGGGAGAGGGGUCAACAUCCCCGCACCAAGUAUGUGCAGGCGUUGAGGUGCAACUUCAAGAACGAUUUAAACAACAUCAUAGUUGUUGACACGCCAUCGUUCCAUACCGAGCUCGAGGGUUUCGAUGCUGAAAAGGUCACAACUGAUUGGAUAAAGUCAAGAUUUACCAAAGAAUGUCGUGGUUCUGGCAUUCUCUUUCUCCACCCACUUGCCAGGGAUCCAACACACCACGACAUGUUGAUGGUGCGACAUCUGGAGACGUUCUCGGCGACCUUCCCCAAUGGGUUCGCAGAACCAUCGUGCGUUUAUGUGGUGCCGACCAAAGAACCAGCCUCUAUCCUUAAAGAUGAGAAGGUGAACCAGCAGCUGGAGAAGCUGAAAAGCACAGUGGUGGCUUUGGAGAACAAUAGUAACGGGAAAUGGCGUGUGUCGAUGUUCGAUAAAGUGUUCAAAGGCCGACCGGAGACGGCGUGGGAGGUAGUACAGUUGCUUCUGAGAGAAAUCGAGCUUACAUCUGUUCGGAGAUAG